CGCUGCUCGCGGCCACCCCACACUCAUUACCAAAUCUUCAAAUCUCCUAGUUUCAACACAUCUCUCAUAACACCAUGUACGCUCCUGUCUUCCUAAUCGCCCUCCUCUCCGCCCUCUUCGUCUCGCUCGUUGCAAGCGCACCGAUCUCGUCGAGCACCAACGAGACAAGCUCAGGCCUGACGAAGCGCUUCGACAACCAGCGCAUGACAUGGUACAAAGACGGCCAAGACGCGUGCGGGUGGAGUAACACACCCGACCAAUACAUUGUCGCUAUAAGCGAGUCUCUCUUCGGCUCUGGAGAGAACUGCGGCAAGGCGAUUACGAUCCAGUAUGGCGGGGCCAGCGCGACUGCGACCGUUGCUGACCGGUGCGAGAUUUGCCCAGAAUACGGCCUCGACCUCUCCGAGGGACUCUUCUCGUUCUUUGCGCCCGAACACCAGGGCGUCAUCCAAGCGAAAUGGUGGUUCAACUGACCCAGUCGCUUGUCCGAAUGCCGCCAU